CGCCAUUUGGUGCUUCGUCGUGUCACGUGCGUGCACGAUUACUAGCUAGCUAAGCAUUCAUUCCUACCCGCGAUUUGGUCCCAAAAUAUAUAUCGUAUUUGGACGACAAAAUCUGGUCUUUUGCUUUACCAUUUGGUACUCGAAGAACGAACACUAUAGUGGUUGUUGGUAUAAGAUCUUGCGUUAGUAUAAUCCGUACAACUCGCGAACGUCGAUACCGUCAAUCACUAAACUGGUGAGCCCAACCUCGAACUUCAUCUUCAAUUCACACGCAGAUAAACCCGGUGAGUUCGUUCCUUUUUGUGUUUAUUCUUGUACUAUAUUGUUAUCGGCAUACUUUUCGUCAUGAGUGAUUUUAGCCCCAAGGUUAUUCAGAUUCGCUCAACUGCCAAAACAAUUCAGCUAGUACCAUUUUGGCCAGAUAAUGCUGAAACGUGGUUUCAGAUUGCUGAGUCCGAUUUUUGUGAACAUGGCAUAACUGAUCAACGUUCACAGUUCCUUGCAGUUAUUCACGCCCUACCGCGGGAAUUCAGCAAGUGCGUAACUCUGCAGAUGUCGGUAAGUAACUCGUACGAGUUGCUAAAAGCAUCCAUCCUCAAGAGAAACGUUCUCACAGAUCGGCAACGUCUGGAUGAGUUAUUUCGUAACAUCGAGUUAGGAGAUCAGUCAGCCGUGAGCAUGCUGGCAAGAAUGAAAGAGAUCAUUGGCCAAAGUCAGUUCGAUGAAGGACUGUUUAGAGAACUAUUUUUAUCCAAACUGCCACAGUCAGUUCAGACUGUACUUGUGACACUUCAGGGUGUUCUCAUAGAUGAUUUAGCUGUCUCUGCAGAUAGAAUUCUAGAGAUAACGAAACGGCCAGUCACCGAAGUAUACUCUGUUACCGAACAGACUUCGAAGAAGGAUUCUGCAAUGAUAGAGUUAAUCAACUCCGUCCAGCAGAUGCUUAGGUCAAACAAGCCUAGCAAUUCCUCAAACCGUCGUUCUAGAUCCCCUCAACGGCUAAACGUGCAACGGGCACUGGACAGGAAACAAACGAAGCACGGGAUCCAACGAACAACACUGAGGAAGCUAUGUACAGACACCCUAUUAGCAUAGGCAGACAGACCGGCAGGCUCUCCAUCAAGCCGAUCGGAAGAUUUUUUUCACCCAUCAGGGAACCAUCGAG